AUGGCAAUUAAAUGUAAGCAUUCUGACCAUUCGUCUGCGGAAGAUCAGGUCAAAUAUCAGAAGAUUCAGGCUGAAGAAGAUCAAAACAGUAAAGAAAGUGAAGGUGCGGAAAAGACAGGAGAUACAUAUGACCUAACCCAUCUGAAGCAUGACUGGUAUGAUAAGGGUGAAUUUGUUAUUGUCCAUGUGUAUAUCAAAAAUUUUAUCACACUUGAUACAGUCCUUUAUGAAGAUGAACUUGGAGUUAAAUUUUCCACCAGGGAAAAAUCAUUUCUAAAGAUGUACUCUGGUACAUCAGAAAGGACUUUGUUUUUAUGGAAUCUUCGACUCAGAGGGAAAGUUGAUGUGGAAACCUCCCAGAGCAGAGUUUCAAAAGCCUUUCUUGAAUUUUCACUAAAAAAGACAAGUCCUGGCCGAUGGAGUGGUUUGACACAGCCACAUAUCCCAGGAAAUUUAGUGAAAAGUGAUUUGUCAAUUGAUAGGCCCUUCAAACAGCUAUUUAAAAUUGGAAACCAUGAUAUGUGUCCUGGGUCAAUGUCCAAAGAACCAAUAACCAAUGGAAUUAAUGAGAAUUGUAACAGUGGAGAGAACACUGAGGCUGCUCUGCCAAAUGAAUCAACAAAGAACAUAGCUAUGGAAAGUAAAGAAAAGAUAGGUGAAGAAGUUGUUACCAGACCUGAGGAAAAACUUCCUCAAGGUGGGCAUUCUGCGACAUCAAAGGAACCUGACUGUCCUUUGACAAGUGGGUCUUCUGUGUCUGAGAAUCCUUGUGACUCCUGUGGAUCUUCAGAUAAGGAAAGUGCCAACCUAGGUUUUGUUGAGGAAUGUAUACCAGGAGCUGUUGAUAGCGAUGACCUAUUGGAAAAUUGUGAUUCAAAAACUUCACCGCAAUCUCAACCUCUGUCAAAAGAUCGUGAAAUUAGAACUCCACAUGCACACAAUGAAUCAUCAAAUGGGAAUGCAACUUCAGACAGACCUGUGGAAACAGAGGAGACAGAUCAGGAUCUGUACUCUCAGGUUCAACAUGUGGCAGGGACCUCUACUGCAGAAAGUCUGACAACUUCAUUCAGUACUCUUUCCACUUCUGUGCAACCUAGUACAUCAACGUCAACCCUUCCUUCUGUGUCACCAUUUGACUCAAAUUUUAGAUCAGCAGGAGAGGCAACCGUACCUCCACCACCUCCCAUACCACCUCCUCCUCCAUCAUACACCCCUGCUGUGCAGGGAUGUGGUGAUGGCCAAGUUAAAACUGGAGUUAUGGGUGGAAAUAAAAGUAAUAUUAAUGACCUUCCCUUCAGUGACGCCAUUAAAGCAGCAACAUCCAAGGGUGUUAGUGGCAGUAGUUUUGAUGAUGAUGAUGAUUAUUAUUCUGAUCAGGAGUUGUCCUAUCUCGGCCUCACAGGGUUGGAAAACUUGGGAAAUACCUGUUAUUUGAACUCCAUAAUCCAAUGCUUAGCUAACACAAGACCUCUUAGGGACUUCUUCCUUGGUGAACAGUUUAAAGAGGACAUAAACACAGAAAACCCAUUGGGCACAGGAGGAAAGCUUGCCAUCAUUUUUGCCAACCUAAUGAGUAACUUGUGGUCUGGAAAGGAUAGAUCUCUAUCACCAUACAAACUAAAGGGAAUUGUGGGUGAGAAAGUCUGUCAGUUCAAAGGGUUUAUGCAGCAGGAUGCUCAGGAAUUCAUGGCCUUUUUAUUGGAUGGCCUUCAUGAGGAUCUUAACAGAGUUAAGGAGAAGCCCUAUGUGGAAGAGGUGGAAGGAGCUGGGAGGCCUGAUGCUGAAGUUGCAAAUGAAGCGUGGAGGAGAUACAAGAGCAGGAAUGAUUCAGUGAUUGUAGAUUUAUUCCAAGGACAAUUGAAAUCCAAACUCACUUGCCCAGUGUGUAAGAAGAUUUCUAUAAAAUAUGAUCCCUUUAUGAAUCUGUCUGUACCACUGCCAAAAGACCAGAAAAAGCUGCCUGUGUAUGUUUUCUUCAAAGACUACAACAGAGUUCCUCUCAAGAUUGGGGUGAAAGUCGCUCUGGAGGCGAACGUCGAGCAGUUAAAGUCUGCCGUAGAAAGAAUUACUGGAAUUCUACCUGAUCAUAUGAGAGUUUAUGAAGUCUUUAGAGGGAAAUUUCACCGUGCAUUUGAAAAAGCAGCCAGCUUGUCUUCUGUGAUGUCAAAUGACAUUAUAGUUGUUUAUGAAGUGCUCAGUGAAGAGGAGGCGGGCGAACCAGUGUAUGAAGUACCAAUAAUACAGAGAACAGUGUGUCCACGAGUGAUGCCCUCUCAUUGUGCGAGCUGUUACAAGCGCCCGGGGCCCAAUGACACCCUACGGAGAUGCACUCAAUGUUGGGGAAUAGGAUAUUGUAAUCAACGAUGUCAAAAAGAUCAUUGGACAGCUCAUAAAAGGGUCUGCAAAAGGCUACCUCAACCCAUUGGAUUGCCCUUCGUCAUCAGCAUUCCUGCUUCAAAGGCCACCUUCAAACAACUACAAGUUAUGGCUGAAGAGUAUGCUAAGUAUUCAGUAAUUAUUCAGCCUGGUGAUGGUAGCCAGCAGAAUUCGCCAACAAAAGGUGACACAUCUACCUCAAGAGUUGACUCUGGCGUUACCUGUGUGGUGGGUCCCCUUAAAGGCAACAUGCCCAAGUUCUACAUGAAGCCUGUCACAGAGUUUGGAGAUGCUGUCGGUGGACAAGAGGGAAAUCGCCUUUCAGAUGAAGGAUCAACGCCGCUGAAUUUGGAAAACAAAUACAUUUCAAUUGACUGGAGGAAUUAUCCACGUUCACCGGAUUUUGUUGACGUGGACGAAAAAAAAGACUGGGAUUUCGAAGAACAUCCGUCAUUCAAAUCAAUGAUGAUGUCAGAGCCGUACAGUUGUUCUUUAAAACAGUGUCUAGAGCUGUUUACAGAACCCGAGACAUUGAGUGAAAAUGACGCUUGGUACUGUCCUCAGUGUAAAGCCCAUCGUGAGGCCACUAAGCAGUUGUCAGUGUGGCGUUUGCCGGAGAUACUUAUCAUUCACCUGAAGAGAUUCUCCUUCCGGAACAUUUUGUUUAAAGACAAGAUAACGAAAUUGGUAGAGUUUCCGUUAAGGGGCCUGAACAUGUCUCGCUUCACUCUUGGUAAAGAUGACAACGAAGAAUCAUUGUACGAUUUGUUUGCCGUUGCUAAUCACAGUGGAACAGUCAGCUUUGGUCAUUACACCGCAGUCGGUCGGCUGGCAGAGGCAGACCAUCCUACUAACGGACUGAGUCGUGAUGGCUUGGGUUGGCGUUAUUUUGAUGACCGGCAUGUCACGGAGACCCAUGAGGAACGCGUCGUGUCCAAGUACGCUUACGUGUUGUUCUACAAACGGCGGCCCACUGCUAAUGACUUUGUAAAACAACUUAGCACCCUGGAGCAAGCUGAAGAAGCUGAACAAGCUGUUGAUACCAAAGAAGAAAGCCUAGAGGACAUUGACGAGAACGAGCUAGAUUGAAGUACAUUUGUAGAGUACCUUGUGUAAAUGGCUCACUAAAAAGUACAACCUGUAACCCCAUGUAGAUGGAUAUCUUACCGCUAGGUUACUAUGUAUAACAAAACGAGCUAGAUUGAGCGAGCUAGAUUGAAGAACAUUUGUAGGGUACCUUGUGGAAAUGUGUCGUUAAAACUACUAUCUGUAGUCCUAUGUUGAUGGAUAUCUUGCCGCUAGGUAAAUAUAAAAUUAUGAACUGCGGAAAUAGCUUUAAAAAGUACAGCUUUGUAUUCAUUCAGCGAGGUGAUGAACACGAAGCGGAAAAAUAGGGCUCCACUGAAAGUUUGUAUAUCUUAGUUGACCAGGUUUAAGGAAACUUCAGUUCGUUUAAUGCAUGCUUUUAGUUAAGUUCGUUGUAUAUUUUGUUUCCCAAUGUAAAUGUCUUGCAUAUUUUGCCUUGGUUUAAAAGUCUGCAUCUUCUUGUCUAGCUCUGUAUGCUUAAUAUGUACAGUUAGGGAUUUGAAGUUCGCGAUAUUUCGAGUUCAGCUAUUUUUGUGGUAAGGAAGAAUAUUUUUAAUACUUGGGCCUAUUUGGUUCUUUUAUUUCUAACUUACUCUAAUUAUUCGAACUAGAUGGAUUAAGCUUCUUUAAGUUAUAGUUGUCAAAAUUAUUCGCCACAGCCCUAUGGCACAGUUUAGCAGACGUAGGGGAGCGUGUGGCACCUUUCGAAGGAUUCCCGGUAGGUUAGGGUGGGGGAGUUGGAGGUAUCUCACAGUUCUACUUAUGAAACUGUUUUGUAGUGAAACUCUACAGAAGAGAAAGGGGAAAAAAUGAUGAGGAAAAGAGCAGCGGAAUUUGGGAGCAUGAUUAUAGGAUGAUCAUUCAAAUAUCAACGAGGGAAAAUGUUUAUUUGCUUUAUAAAUACCGGAAAGUUCAUCUUAUUUGGGUUUUUUUUUUUUUUUAAUCAGAGUGAUUGUCGCUGAUAGAAAGCUUCUUAGUUCUCAACCAGUUAACUCGUUCUCUCUCGGUCAGUUAUUGCCGUGAGAAAUACAUACGGAGAAUUGAACACGACCAAAAUUUGUAAAGAAGAACAGAAUGACAAUUAAAAGGAAAGCAUAGGAAGGUGCGAUUAAGUGCAAAGAAGCAGUGGCUAAAUAAGGUUACUUCCUUUAAGUAAUUAAAUAAAUGAACGUUUAUUCUUUUGUCUCUCAAUG